UUGUGAAUGCAACUCUUCUCGUCUUAACAAUGAAUACAAUGUCGCUCGUCCUAUUCGGCAACUUUUUUUCUCCAUGAGGGUCCUCUGAAGCGUUCGUAUUCGUUGAUUACCCGAGAAAGACCUCAAGCUAAGAAACGGAGUAUUUCUGUCAAUCAUUACUUCUUUCAAGUAAACGUGAGAAACCCAUGGACCUCUUGAUUCGGUUCCUUCCACUGUUCAAACGAAACCCACUUUCGAACCCCAUGUUUCUUACGUGUGUAUCAUAUGCUCUUCAAAGAUCAAGCUUUAGGUUCGAAUCGGGCUUAUUUUCCCCAGUGUUGGUUUGGAGAGAGUAUUUGAAGUCCCCUCCCACCCACUUGAGAAAGACUUGAAUCCUUCUCUCCCUAGAAGGAUUAAAAGAUUCAGAUCAACUUAAAUGAGGUUCAUUCAAGUUGCAACCUCCUCAUCGACAAGUUCCUUCAUUCAAGUUUGCCGCAUACGAGUAUGAUUGAUACCAUCAAAAUCUCCAUCUUUGGCGAUUGUGGCACGGGCAAAUCAGCUCUGUCAGUCCGACUUCUCACUCGGCGCUUCAUUGCCACUUAUGUUCCCAAUUCCCCCACCCAUACCAUCAACAGAUUCGUCCAAGUGGUGCCAAAUGCCCCACCCCUCCAAAUAUCCGUUCGAGAUGUGUCUUCACACGAGUCUGAAAGCAAAAUGUCUCGUCAUCUCUUGUGGAGUAAUGCCGCCAUCGUCUUGAUUUCCCGGGAUGAUCCCCAUAGUUUAGUGUACGCUAAGAACCUUCUGAGCAUCAAGAAGGCCGUUUGUCCCAAGGCACCUAUUAUUCUCGUGGCCAACAAAGAAGAUUUGCAACCAUGUGACAAAGUGGUUUCCUUGGAGAGUUGCAUGAACUUGGCGGUUGAAUAUGAGUGCAACUUUGUCGAGAUAUCAGUGAGCCAAGGCUUAGUUGGAACAACUUAUGUCCUUCAGUCGUUGAUGCGUCAGUUCCAAAGCCAAGGUGGAAUCACGAAGAGCCUCAAACUUGGACAAAAUGGGAGGAAAGUUUGGAACAAAGUCCUGGCAGCCGCCAUCAAAAGUCUGUGCUUGCCAGNUUUGCUAAACUAA